AUGGGCCGUCUUAAAGUUACCAUCAUUUCAGCAAGAGAUCUCGAAGGAAAGGACGUUGGAGGUACAUCAGAUCCCUAUGUGAAAGCCACCGUGGCAGGAGUGACUCACAAAACCGAUCAUGUCAACAAGACUUGUAAUCCAACCUGGAACACAACUCUCUUCUUUGAUAUUCCUCCCACAGUGAAUGCUGCCACAGAAUCGAUCACUUUUGAAGUUUAUGAUUAUGAUCGAUUUGGAGGAAAUGAUAUCAUAGGAAAAGCAACCAUUGCAUUGGGAACACUUACGAGAGGAAUUCCUGAACGCGUUGAUUUGAAAUUAACCUACUCCAAGAAGGGUUUGUUAACUGUUGAACUAUUGGCAGAAGAUUUUGGUCAAAAUCCACCUCAACAACAAGGUUUUCCUCAACAGCAACAACAACAACCAUACGGAUAUCCACCUCAACAAGGAUAUGGCUACCCACCACAGCAACAACCUUAUGGUGGCUAUCCACCUCAACAACCUUAUGGAGGUUAUCCUCCUCAACAACCUUAUGGCGGCUAUCCACCACAACAACCUCCUUAUGGUGGCUAUCCUCCAUAUCCAAUAAUUACAAAAGAGAGUUUACACUUGUGUGUCCUUUUGAUUUCUUCUUAG